AUGUCUUUUUCAUCACCUAGCUCGUCUCAUCACGCCACCAAUUUGCAAUGUAUCCUUGGUGAAGAGAGUCGUUUGCACUAUGCUGUGAUGCAUAAAAACAUCCAAGAUGCCAAUGGAACAACAAUACCACCACCCUCACUCAGCAGAUCCAAAAGUACAGGAUCUUUUUCUAGUAGUGUUCCUCCACGUCGACUUAGCUCAGGAUCAGCAUGCGAAGUUUGUCGUAGACGCAAGACGAAAUGCGAUGGUGGAAACCCAUGUGCUUUUUGUUCAGCCAACAGGAUCGAGUGUGUUCAUCGCGCAACAAGGAGAAAAAAGUCAUCACUCGCCAUAUCACAAACCAACAAUGACUUGUGCAAGGCAUCAUCAUCAUCAAAUAAGCCAUCGACAACAACAACCACCACCACUUCUACAGGGUUUCAGCUACAAGAAGCCACACCAUCACCUACAGCAUCAUCACCAUCAUGGGCUAACACGGCUUCAACAACAUCACCAGCACAAUCAACCACCACUCACAUGACUUCUUUGACAUAUCAAUCGGCUCGGGCAUUCCCUGCUGCUGCUGUUGGCGGCACAACUAACACCACCACGGCCAAUAGAUACAAUAUGGAAGGGUAUAUCAAGAGCCAUCUUUCAAAACAAACCAGUUGUCCGUCGUUGAUCGUCUCUACGCAUUGGUCACCCAACCAUCAUCAACAACAACAUGCUGCUGAUCCAAUAGUACGCCCUCCUAGUACUCCUGCUGCUGCUGCUCAACCCCCUCCUCCUGGUUCUGCAACAGCUGCAGCAGUAGCAGUGGCGCCAAAUCAUGACCCAUCUGUGGGUAACUUUAAUGCCCAACAAGACGACAAUCAAUAUUCUCGCACCAAAACAGAAAUGCCCAGUAUGAUGGAUCAACUAUCGUGUCGGACGUUCUCAGCUGUUGUUGAUCAUCGUACGGAUUACCCUAUUUACCCAUUAUCGCAUUCGACGACUGCCACAGCACCCAACAAUAGCAACACCCACCAUCCACCUACAAAUCAUCAUCAUGGGAUGAUGCUAUCAGGCAAUGGUCCUUCUUCCGUCAACUAUGAUGAAGAUUGA